CAAAGCAGUGAUUAGCAAGAAUUUGGCCUAAAGUCCAAACGAAGGCCCAAACAGAAAGCAAUACAUGAGGAAACGGAUAAGGCAAUAUAUUGACAUGGAUUUCAGUCAUCAUGUGCAAGCCACGUCAAUUAAAUGAAUUUAACAUGAAAAACACACGUGAUGCACGUUCUCACGAAGAACUCAGCCAAACACACACACGUUCCUUGUCUCUCCUCAAACUUAGUCCAUGCUCUGUUCUCCCUCUGCCGUGCCGUGCCGUGCCGUGCCGUGCCGGAGGUCCUCCCCGGCGGCGGAGGCGCCACAAAAUCAAAUCAAACAACAAUAUCUAAAUCAAUUCCACCUCCUGACACUGAAUCUACAAUUGGAUUGUCCUAAUUCUAACAAACCAGUCCGAAUUGAAACUUACAACCGAAGAACCCUAAUUUGAAGAAUAAAAAAUUAAAUGGUGCAUGUUGGGAAUCAAAGCCCCCGGGGUCAGGGAUUUGGUUUCCCUAACCUCUAAUCACAUCAUGGACUCACCGAUGAAGCGCGCGCAGUGGUUAACAGAAAUCCAGUGUUUUCUACUUUGAAAAGAACCAAUUUAACGGGAACUGUCGCUUUCGCGUAUUCAGAACCGAGUUGUUGAUCAGUCACCAUUUAUGCUAGACAUUUCACUAUUUAACCGUAAAUAAGUCAGGUCAAAAACUAGUUUGGAAGCUCAUGGAAUCAAACGUCAGAUGCGAAAUUGAGCCAGAGCAAGAAAACGAAAGAAAAAAUCAAUUCUUGGAGAACCUGCUGUCCAUACGCGUAUGGCCUUACAUGAUACGCGUAUGGACCCUCCCAGUACGCGUAGCAUACGCAAAUGACCAGAGGGGUGGAAAAUCAAGCAAAAAGACAAGCUUCUGGUGAUACGCGUAUGGGAGUUAGCAGUACGCGUAUCAGAGGCUGUCUUACGUGCAAUACGCGUAUGAGACUAGGCAAUACGCGUAUGGGACAGAGCAAUACGCGUAUCAGAUGCUGUCAUACGCGCAAUACGCGUAUGAAACAGCUCAGUACGCGUAUGAAGCCCAAAAUCAGGAAAAGUCCAACUGAAUAGCUAUUUAGAGGGGAGAACGCGAUUUUACGAGGGUUGGACAAUUUUUAGAGAAAAAGAGACGCGUUUGAGACCUGGAGACUCUACGAUUAUCAGAGGAUUCAUAUGUUCAAGAGUUUUCCGACGAUUGAAGAUUGAUUCCUCACGAAAUUCUGUAAUGACAACACUGUUAAUCUUUGUUUUUAUUUCGAUUAUGAGUAGCUAAACCCCCCAUUGCUAGGGGGGUGACCCUGAUUCUGAAUGUGACAGAUUUUAUGUUUAUGAGUGCAUUGACUAUUUCUUCUUUUCUAGUGAUUUGUUCUUAUUACCGUUCUUUAUGCUUUAUUCGUCGGACCAACGAAUGAUGAUGACUAUGAAUAGUUUAAGCUGGACAGCAAUUAUUCAUUGAUAUGUAUAAGAAUUUUGGAUAGUAAAAAUAACCUAGGACUAGGGAUUUUCUAUCUGACCGGUAAUUCUUGAUAUUCGAAUGCUUGAGUAUGAACUUAAUUAUUUAUGGACAUAGUAAUUAGGUUACAUAAUCAAAGGUCUUUUCACUAAGGAAUUAGGAAUAGAUACCCUUGAGGACCGGAAUUAAUUGGACAAGAAGAUUGUCAAAGCCUUCAUAAAUUAUAUCUGUUCCAGGAAGUUUCAUUCACCGUACCCUAGCAAUCUACUCUAAUUUGUCUCUCGUUCAACCAUUUUAUUUAUUUUAUUUAAUUGCAAUUGAUAGUAUAAUUACUCAUAUCACAAAAAUCAAAGGCUUUUUGUCUAAUUGAAACAAUCUAUUAACUCUGUAUCGUCAAGCAGUCCUUGAGAUCGACAAACGGGGAAUUUCCCUUUUAUUACUACAGUGAGAAAAAUAGUACACUUGCUAUUUUUCCAUCAAGUUUUUGGCGCCGUUGCCGGGGACUGCCAAAGAUAAUAUAGUUUAUUAAUUUAUUUUCAAUUAGAAUUUUGUUGCUCUGCAUCCAAAAUUUUAUUUACAGUUUAAUUUUAAUUUUUAUUGUUAUUAUAACUAAUUUCUGUCUAAUCUGUGUAUGCGAGGUAAGGCCUCAGCUAAUUUUCAUUUUGACGCAGAACCAGAGAGAACAUUGCGCACAAAGCUCAGAGAAGCUAGAAGAAAGAAACUGGCAAACUCUGUCACCGAAGAACCGGUCACACCUGGCACACCAGUCUCUGUUCACUCCGAAAAAUCAGAGUCAGACACAGAUUCACAUCCAGACACUGUAAACAUGGUUGCAGACUCACCCCCAGCGGAAAGACUUUUAGGUGACUAUGGCAGACAGAAUAACCCAGCAGUGCGGUUGACCAUUGUUAACCAACCUGUUAAUGUUGCUCACUUCCAGUUACACCCCUCAACUAUCCGUCAGUUAGAAAGCAAACCUUUUGCAGGAAAGAUCAAUGAGGAUGCAAACAAGCAUCUGCAGAGGUUUCUGACUAUGACUACAUCAUUAAAAAUUGAUGGGCAUUCUGAAGAGGCAAAGAGAUUGGUCAUGUUCCCAUUCACGUUAUCUGAGGAUGCUGAGGAAUGGUUCUAUUCCCUACCCGCAGGAAGCAUUACUACUUGGCAACAAAUGGAAACAACAUUCUUGAACGAGUAUUUUCCUGCUUCUGUGUAUAUCCGUAAGAGGUAUGACAUUGUGAAUUUUAAACAGAAAGACGGAGAGACACUUGGAGAUGCAUACAAAAGAUUCAAGAGAUGUUUAGUUGCAUGUCCUACACAUAAUCUGGAUGCAACUGAACAAAUGCAGAAUUUUGUAAACGGGCUGAAGAUGAGAACGAAGCAACUCAUUGAUACAGCUGCUGGUGGCUCAUCUAAUUUUUCAACAGCAACCGGUAUCAAAAAGAUCAUCGAAGCUAUUGCAGCUAAUGAGCAUUUGGAAUUAUAUGACCGCACUGUGAAUCAGCCGGAGGGAAAAAUUGACUUGAAAUUAGCAAAUCAGGUAGUGAAAAUGGAAGACCAAAUUGCAGCUGAGGUUGAAAGAAGAUUGAAAGCUAUGAAUUUAGGUACCCAUACUGUUGCUCAAGUUCAACCGGUUCAGACCAUGAUUUGUGAGAUUUGUAGUGGACCACACUUUGCCAUGCAUUGUGCUGCAACCGCAGAACAAGUGCAAGCUAUAAAUUACCUGAGGCAGAAUAAUCCCUACUCAAAUACAUAUAAUCCGGAGUGGAAAAAUCAUCCUAAUUUCUCUUGGAAGGAUCAGCAAGGUGAUAUUCAGAAGCAAGGACCUCCACAACAACAACCACCUUCCCAACCACAAUAUCAGUCGCAACAGCAACCUUAUCAGCAACAAGUACCAAAGAAAGCGGAUUGGGAGAUUGCUAUAGAGAAGAUGGCGACUCAGGUUAUGCAAUUCCAGGAAGAAACCAGGAAUAAUCAGAAAAACACCAAUGCAUCCAUCAAAAAUCUGGAAAUUCAAUUGGGUCAGAUAGCACAACAGAUAACAAAUUCUCAAACACCGGGCGCAUUACCUAGUGCAACAGUGACAAAUCCGAGGGAGCACCAUAAUGUGAGUGCGGUAACAACAAGAAGCGGAAGAUCUGUUGAAGAUCUUAAGAAGAAGGAUGAAGAAGAAGAUCAAUUGCUAGAAGUGGACCUGGAAAUCUUAGAAAACAAGGCACUACUUGAGGAAGAAAUUGUAAUACCGCCGGUGGUACAAGAAAAGCUCACUGCACCAAAACCCAUCAUUAAGCUUCCAUUCCCACAAAGAAACAAAAAGAAGAAGCAAGAUGAGAAAAUUUUUCAGAAAUUCAUGGAGUUGUUCAAGAAAUUAGAAAUCAAUAUUCCAUUCUCUGAGGCACUCGAGCAGAUGCCUAUCUAUGCGAAAUUCAUGAAAGACAUCAUCUCCAAGAAGCGCACCACUGACACUGACCCUGUUAUACUAACUGAAACUUGUAGUGCUAUUUUGCAGGGUAUGAAGAUUCCAGUGAAGAAGCCAGAUAGAGGUUCUGUGACCAUCCCGUGUACCAUUGGAGAUAUGUCCUUUAAAAGGGCGCUGAUUGAUUUGGGGGCUAGUGUUAGCCUUAUGCCUUUGUCUAUUUACAGGAAGCUAGGAAUUGGAAAUGUUCAAGAUACUAGAAUGACACUUCAAUUUGCUGACCACUCAGUGAAGAGACCUUUUGGGGUAGUUGAGGAUGUUCUGGUCAAAGUUGAUAAAUUUGUUUUUCCUGUUGAUUUUGUAAUUUUGGAAAUGCCAGAAGAUGAAGAGAUACCUCUGAUUCUGGGCAGACCUUUCUUAGAAACAGGUAGAUGCAUGAUAGACAUGGAGGGAGGUACCUUGACCCUAAAGGUAUAUGAUGAAGAGCUCCGAAUUGAUGUCCGAGAUACUAUGAAACAUAAAGAGAAUAUGUGUACAAACCACUCUGUGGAAGUAAUUGAUCAAAUUGUAACUAGCACAAUUCAAAGAAAGCUUCCUGAAUUACCGUUGGAAAGAGUUCUUAGUCUGUCGGUCAGAGAGAUUGAGGAGAAGGAUGAUGAAAAAGAAAAAGAAGUGGUAAGGAAAGAGGUUGUAAAGUUGUUAGAUUUGGGAAUGAUUUACCCCAUUUCUGACAGCUCGUGGGUAAGUCCUGUGCAUGUGGUACCAAAGAAAGGAGGAACCACAGUAGUUUUAAAUGAGAAGAAUGGCGACACCUUCAAGGUUAAUGGUCAGAGGUUGAAACUAUAUAAUCCCGAUGAAGGGGGACCAAUUGAAACUGUUAAACUCAUCUGAGUGUGAGGUGUCCCGUCGAGCCAUGCGACGUUAAACGAAGCGCUGCUUGGGAGGCAACCCAAGGGAGGUUUGAAAUAUCUUUGUGUAUUUUUUUUUUUGGUUUAUUCAGUUUUUAUUUUUUCUUUUGCCUUGAUGUAAUCGCCUAUUAUGGGUUGUCUUAAUCUAAUGAAUUUGAUUUUGUUUACCUCCAGUUUCCUGUUUAUUUCGUUAGACAUGUGACUAUGUCUGGCUAUUGGUUAUCUUGAUCACUUACACCAAAUACUUGGGCGUCCUCUCUUUCAGUCCCCUGACUGUAGAUACUGUUGUUUAUGAUUGGACGCACUGGUUAAGAUUAACAUCAGAACCACGAGCAUGAGCUUUGAACUCAGAGGUAUGAUAGAACAAGUCAGCUUAACCCGUCCUGGUGAGAUCCGAAAAAGCCAAACACUUAUCAUCAUAUGAGAGAUAUCAGGUAUGUCUUUAUCAAUCUUGGUUUGCGUAUGUUCUUUUGUUAUUAUUAGCUAUACGAAUACACACACUGAGGCAUGUUUUUGUUUAUCACCUAGAGCCUUUCUAGCCAUCCCAUUAUUAUUAUUAUCCAUUGUUUCACCCUGUUGAGCUUGUUAAUCAUUUAUUUCUGAUAUACCCGUUUUUUUUCUCAACCCAUGACCUUGUAACUAUCCUACUCUGUUCAGAGUAUGUGAGGAUUGAUUUCAUCUCUACGUUUCUAUCUAAGUUUGGGGUUGCUGUUGGAAUAGCAACCUUUAAGUUUGGGGUAGCUUUGCAGUAAGUGAAUGUAGUAUAAAAAAAAAAAAGAAAAAAAAAAGAGAAAAACAACAACAACAUGAAAAGAAAGAAAGAGAAAAGCGAAAAACAAUAAAAGAACAGCUUUUGAAAAAUGCUACAUUCACUAUAGACAAAAGGAAAAGAGGAUUACAAAACCCUGCAGGAAUAAUAGGAAAGAAACGUAGUGAGAGAAUGAGUUCAUGUACUCUGAACCAAAAACCUUUGUUCAAAUUUCAUACCCCACCUGAAAAAAAAAACCGUUGUGCCAAUUUCAUACCCUACCUAAACCAAAACCCCGUUACAACCCAAAAGACCUCAAAAAGUGUGUGUGAUUGUACAUGUUGAUAGGAUGAGAGAAUUUAUUCAAACUUCUGAUUUGAUAUUGCAUAUUGUGAUUUGAGAGUGUUAACACUUUAACCCAGAGAGACUUGGUGAGAGUGUGAAAUAAGCUGACAGGUAAAGUCAUAUCUCUGAGGGAAAGAGUUUCUAGCUCGUUGGCUAUGUGGAAAAAUCAGAAAACCUGAAAAAACAUCAAGAGGUCCAGUGCGAAAGAUUUCAGCAGUAUUGUGGUAAGAACUGUUUUACAGUAAGUUUGGGGUGACAUGAUCUUUGAUGGUAAUAAAAUGUUACUUGAGGACAAGCAACAAGCUAAGUUUGGGGUUGUGAUCAGUCACCAUUUAUGCUAGACAUUUCACUAUUUAACCGUAAAUAAGUCAGGUAAACUGUGUAAACUGAAGCAUUUGUAGUUAGAUAUAAGCUCAAUUCUAUAAUAUAAAGUGUGUUGUUACUUAUGAGUUUCUUGAGGAUAUUUUACACUUUUGGGUAUGUUAGCAGGUCAAAAACUAGUUUGGAAGCUCAUGGAAUCAAACGUCAGAUGCGAAAUUGAGCCAGAGCAAGAAAACGGAAGAAAAAAUCAAUUCUUGGAGAACCUGCUGUCCAUACGCGUAUGGCCUUACAUGAUACGCGUAUGGACCCUCCCAGUACGCGUAGCAUACGCAAAUGACCAGAGGGGUGGAAAAUCAAGCAAAAAGACAAGCUUCUGGUGAUACGCGUAUGGGAGUUAGCAGUACGCGUAUCAGAGGCUGUCUUACGUGCAAUACGCGUAUGAGACUAGGCAAUACGCGUAUGGGACAGAGCAAUACGCGUAUCAGAUGCUGUCAUACGCGCAAUACGCGUAUGAAAUAGCUCAGUACGCGUAUGAAGCCCAAAAUCAGGAAAAGUCCAACUGAAUAGCUAUUUAGAGGGGAGAACGCGAUUUUACGAGGGUUGGACAAUUUUUAGAGAAAAAGAGAUGCGUUUGAGACCUGGAGACUCUACGAUUAUCAGAGGAUUCAUAUGUUCAAGAGUUUUCCGACGAUUGAAGAUUGAUUCCUCACGAAAUUCUGUAAUGACAACAUUGUUAAUCUUUGUUUUUAUUUCGAUUAUGAGUAGCUAAACCCCCAUUGCUAGGGGGGUGACCCUGAUUCUGAAUGUGACAGAUUUUAUGUUUAUGAGUGCAUUGACUAUUUCUUCUUUUCUAGUGAUUUGUUCUUAUUACCGUUCUUUAUGCUUUAUUCGUCGGACCAACGAAUGAUGAUGACUAUGAAUAGUUUAAGCUGGACAGCAAUUAUUCAUUGAUAUGUAUAAGAAUUUUGGAUAGUAAAAAUAACCUAGGACUAGGGAUUUUCUAUCUGACCGGUAAUUCUUGAUAUUCGAAUGCUUGAGUAUGAACUUAAUUAUUUAUGGACAUAGUAAUUAGGUUACAUAAUCAAAGGUCUUUUCACUAAGGAAUUAGGAAUAGAUACCCUUGAGGACCGGAAUUAAUUGGACAAGAAGAUUGUCAAAGCCUUCAUAAAUUAUAUCUGUUCCAGGAAGUUUCAUUCACCGUACCCUAGCAAUCUACUCUAAUUUGUCUCU